UGUGCAUAAUUGAUGCACGUCGCACAAGGUUCUAUCUAGAAAUCGUGCUGCACGCCCGCGCCCCGUCUACGUCUGCGCUGCAUGCCUGUCGUCGCCAGGAUCCGGGCUAGACACACCUUGUUACGUCGUCGGCCGCUCGUGAAAGUGACUUUUUGUUCCUAUUUCUCAUCUACACGGACUCAAAAUGUCUGUAAAACCACACUGGAUUCCCUUGGAGUCAAACCCCGAGGUUAUGACAAAGUACAUUCACACACUUGGAGUACCCAACAAGUGGCAUUUUGUUGAUGUGCUUGGGCUGGAUGAUGAACUUCUUGGCAUGAUAUCAAAGCCUGUUGUGGCCCUCAUUGUUCUCUUCCCAAAGGGUGACAAGAUGAAAAGUGCCGAGGAAGAAAUGUGUGCCAAAAUUGAAAAGGAGGGCCAAGAAGUGAGUGGCAGCGUGUACUUCAUGAAGCAGACCAUUGGCAAUGCAUGCGGGACAAUCGGGGUACUCCAUGCUGUGCUGAACAAUCAAAAUGAAAAUGAUUUCAAACUGGCUGGAAUCAUUUCAGAAUUUGCUGACAAGACCAAGGGCAUGGAUGGAGCGGCGCGAGGUGCUUGCCUGGAGAAUGAUGCAGGCAUUUGUGAGGCACACAGUUCUAGUGCCCAGGAAGGGCAAACACAGGCACCCGCGGCUGAGGACAAGGUGUCGGCACAUUUCAUAACCUUGGUCAAUGUUGAGGGGUCACUGUAUGAGCUGGAUGGGCGCAAGCCCGCGCCAAUCAAUCAUGGUAAAACAAGUCCUGAAAACUUCCUGAAGGAUGCUGCUGGAGUGUGCAAGAAAAUAAUGGCCAUAGACCCAAGUGAGGUGAACUUCAACAUAAUGGCGCUGACAGGUGGCGAACCCUUGUUUUGAAAGGAUUCAUUGCAGUGGCACACUGAACUGCAGGUAGCGUUGAAGGCCACCGACGACCAUAAUGAAUGUUAAUGCUUUUCAAAACCAACAAAAAUCUGCCCUCAUCAUUCUCAGCGUGCGGUGUAGCAAAGUGGCUGUAAGGUUUCAGUGACAUGUAUAGAAUGUCUGUGCUUAUUCUGUACAAGCUAAUGAUACAAUCUCGAUAAACCAAGUGUUGAAACAGAAAAUGUAGCCCAAAUUAAAUGUCUCAAAUUGUGGAAAGUGUUCAUGCAUUGCGAAUGCAACUAUGAUGGAAUUAACCAAAAAAUGCCAAAAUUGAGAGUAUAAUUGAGCAGCUCAUAUCUAAAGACAAAAAGUAUGUAAAAAUAUGGAAUAUAAUGGACAGCAAUGUUGCACUUAGUGCUAAUUGUGUAUCUAAGGCCAGAGUGAGCUGAUACUAUAGUGGAUUAUUACUCUGAAUGCAUUUUCCAUGUUGCCUUCACCCGCAUAAAGAGUUCACUGGCAAUUUCAAACAGCCCUUGUAUUAAGUCAUGUUAAGUACCCAUUUUUCUUUUCUUACCACAGUCACCGAACCCUAUGUAUGUUGACACCCCAUAUCUUUGACCUGAGUGCAGUUUUGUUAGUGAGCAAAUCACACAACUUCAUCACUUGGGAAAAGGAUUCAUUUUUUUAUUUAAGAAAAAAAUUCUCUUUUUUUUUUUUUUAAAGAGGAUGACUUUUUUGCUUAAGAAGUAUGAAGACACCAUCUGUUUGCUCUUAAAACUUAUGUGGGAUUUUUUUUAUGGAAAAGCCAAGGGCUACCUUGUUCAAAGUGUGCUGAAUAUAAAUAAAUUUAAAGUUACUUUUUGAUAAGAAACUUGCUGAGGGCAUUUUAUCUGUUUGAAGUAUUUUUUGUACUUUAUGUGUUUAAAAAAUCUGUUCAUUUUUGUACAUUUGUUGUACUAGUCAACACAUAUUGAAAAAUUCAACAUAACCCGUUCACUAAAGUUAUUCUCAUGCAUCUUGAUGCUUCUACAUAUCUACAGUUGCGGCAUGUUGCUGAGGCUAAUAACUACUCUGCUGCUAUUCGAAGUGCGUCAUGACACUUCAACAUGAUAAAAGCGUACAAUCUUGUGCUUCUGUCUAUGACUUUUCCUGCAAGCUUUAGCAGAUUUAAGACAACUCCAGCUAUGAGUUCCUCAUUGUAAAUUAAUGAGUUAUUAGAGACUUGCAGUUCAAAUUGAUCUUGCAGAAAAAUGUGUCGCUGCUGUAUUGAAUGAAGUUGACUGUAUACUUCAAAACAGUAAUCCACCUCUCAAUCACAAUUACCAGUACAUGAGAUUGGGUAAAAGACUGAGGAGUCUUAGAUGUCGUACAAGCCGAUAUCUGAAUUCAUUCAUGCCAUUUUCAGGUAGAGUUUUUAAUAGUACCAACUCUUAAGUUUUCGAUUUUGGAGGUUUUGCCAUAUUGGAACUGUUGAAAAAAAUCCUAAGUGUUGUUAAUUUUUCAGACAUGUUAUCUUUGUUUCAUUGUUCGUAAUUUAUCUAAAUGCAUGUACAAUCUUUCUGUGUUAAAUAUGUAUGAUUUAAAACUAAUUUUUUAAUGUUCUAAAUUGCAAUUUUAAAUAGGGUUUUGACAGCUGCAGACAUGUACAUUUUUCAUUUUAUUUGUUUGAAAUGGACAAUAAAGAAUCUUUAAUCUUAAAAUUUUGAAGAAAACCUUUUUCGAGAACACAAAGCUGUAUCUGUCAAAGUUCAUGGUUCAGGAAGAACUGGUUGUAAAAUUACACAACUAUGGGUUUCUUUCACAGUCUCCUCAAGAGCUGCCCACAGUGCCAGACAGACAGUGUACAUGUACUUCACAUUGUUGCAGAUAGCAACUUCAAGGGUUGCCAUGUUCUUAUUAAAAAUUAAUAAGUUUACAGACCUUUUGUGUUACAUCCUCCAUGCAGUCAGAUUGUAGUGUUACAUGUUUUCAGUGCAAGGCAUUUUGGUCAAUUGUGUGAUUGACUGAUGUAAACUAUUUGUUACAGGACAUGUAUUCAAAUGUUCUAAAUUUAUUGAUCUAGCCACAAGUACAAGACAUAAUUCCUGACAGGUGAAAGUUAUUCAAUAUUACCGUUUGUACUUGGCAUACUUAUAAGAGUCUCAAGAGUUGUUCCAAAAUGUUGUUUUAUUAAAUAAGGUAAACUACAAAUGGUGGAAAAUUAAAAAAGAUUAAUGAGGAGCAGGAAUUUACUGUAAAGGGCCAAAUUCAUUCCUUAAAGUCAGUAUUAAAUAGAAAAGGCAAAAUACUGAAGCCACCAGUAAUGUGUACAAGUGUUCAGUGUUGAGUUCUUUGUGGAAAAAUGAAAUGGAAUAUUGAAAAGUAAUAAAUUGUCUGUCAAUUCAGCUCAGCA